GAAAGAACGCGCAUGGUGCAGUAGCCCGUCAAUUUCAUUGCAAUGCCCGGUGAAGGUCGAAAUUAUUGCUACUGGUUGCUGAAUCGCCCUGGAGAUCUGUAUCGAUAGAAGAUUCGGUUAUCCAAUGAUCACUUGCCUGGAAAAAUAUAACAUUCGUUGGAUACAAACAUCGUUGCCGAUGCAAAAUGGAUGACCGACAAUAUGCAGAGUAUGAUGAUGGUAGCAGGGAAGGCGUAAAAUAUGAAUAUUUAUCAGAAACUGAAGCUCUUCAAGAACAGUGGAAGAAAAUAAAUGAAUUGCCGAAUAAGGAAGCGUGGCCAUUUUCAUCGGGAAUGUUAGCGCUAUCCCUCAAUGCAUCAUUGUCUGGUUUGGUAGCAAUGUCGUUUUAUCGUAGAAUGAUGCGAGUGACAACGGGUGUAGUGGUGUCGACGUUACCCAUGGCGGUUGUCCCAUUCAUAACUACUGCGGCUAUGUGGCAUACAUUUGUUAAUAUACCUAUACUGCUUGGCAAAAUAGAUUGUCCAGUAUGUGUGCAGAUCAGAGGGGCUACUUUAAAUCUUGCUGUUGGUGCUAUCUAUCCCACACUGUUGGCAGCUCCAUUGGUAGCAUCAGUCGCUAUCAGAAGUAAGACCAUGGAACCACCGCACAAGAAAGGUCUGUUGGGAAUGUGGAAAUGGUACACAAAAAUGAACAAACAUAUGAAAGUUCGUUUUCUGACUAUUGCCUUUUAUCAAACUGUAUUGGGUGGGUAUGUGUCGACGAAAGCAUACAAGGCGUACAAGAAUAUGGGAUCAUUUUUUGAACCAGCCGAGAAGCCUAGAUAUGACGAAAAGAUGUAUUAAUGAGAGAGAGAAACAAGAAAUCAUUUUUCCUAGAUUUGUUAAUUGUAAAAUUAUAAUUUCUCGAACAGAAAGCAUUUGGAAAAUUGGUGUGAGGGAAAGAAGGAUGUGUGUUGACAGUUUGAAGUCUUAAAAGCAUGUCAAUUUCAAAUCCUGGAUUUCUUCAUCUGCAUUUUAGUGAAAGCAGCAGUAAUUCCAGUUAGUGUGUUUUCUAAUAUAUGUGUGUCUAGAACUGCCACUUUUUUAAAUAAAAGAAUGAUUUUUUCUCUGAAUUAUGCUAGUAGUGAGUUCAUUGUUUCGCCAGGUAUUGUAAGAAACAAUAUUUAAAUGUUAAUUUUUGUCUAUUGUUACAAAAUAAAUAUUCAAAUUUGAUAGCAUGGCUAUG